AUGGACACAGCAACUCCGAAAAUAGGGAGCUCCUCCACAGAUGUACCAACCGCGACCCCCUCAAAAUCUACAAAGACUUUGUUGCGAGACAUAGCAGCGUCCACCUUGCAGGUUAUUGAGGACGGACAAAUCGAGGUCGAUGGUCUGCUUUUCGAUAUCAAGAACACAGUGGAGAGCAUGAUCCAAGAAACACGUCUCUACGCCGCAGACGAUCCUGCUGUCAUGACCUGGGCUACGUCAAAUCCGAAUCGAACAAUAUCCCACCCAGGUGCAUCAAUCACAGUUUCAGAAUGUUCGACUCUUGUGGGAGCGCGUGCGCUACACCAACUUGUAUCGUCUGGCGUAACGCCCAUAUCAAAACAAGCCCACGAAAUCCCACGAAUCGGCGUGCUCAAUUUUGCAUCAGCGAAGAAUCCAGGUGGAGGUUUUGCCAAAGGUGCACAGGCACAGGAGGAAUCCAUCGCUCGUUCUUCCACUAUCCACGCUAGCCUCGUAUCCGCGUCAUCCCAACCAUUCUUUCGUAUUCACAAGAAGGAUCCCAAGGGCGGAUACUAUAGUCACACGAUACUCUACAUCCCCCAUGUGCUCUUCUUCCGCUCGGACUCUGGUGAAUGGCUCCCUCCGAUUGAAGUUGAUGUGGUGUCGAGUGCAGCAGUUAACGCCGGAGUCGUCCGUCGUCGUUUUCGCAUAAAUCAGGAUUUGGAAGCCGGAGAGGAGGACGGAAACGCGCGCGACGAAAACAUGGUCGAACAGGAUAUUUCUGCAGCAAUGAGAGAACGUAUGGGGCGGAUUUUAUCCGUUUUUGAACGUCAUAAUGUUAGAAACCUGGUUCUGGGUAGCUUCGGCACUGGAGUGUUCCGCAAUAAGGUGGAGGUCGUGGCAGACAUUUGGAAGAAUCUCCUUGUUGGAGAUAAUGCGCGGUUCAAACAUUCAUUUGACCGAGUGGUGUUUGCUGUGCUUGGGCAUGCUACGUUUCAAGUCUUCCAACAAACGUUCUAUGAAGGAGGGGUGGAAGUGCAGGAGACGGAUUCUCAGAAAUGA